AAAGCUCUAUAAAGCGUUAAGUAAUGGUGAACUGCCGAUGCCUGACGCCUAUGCGCAAGCUGCCAUGCUACCUCUGAGUAAAACAUUGGACAAUGGAGUAGUGGUGUCUGUCCAUCAAGGUGAUAUUACUAAAGUACACGUUGAUGUCAUUGUUAAUGCAGCCAAUGAGCGCCUUGAUCAUGGAGGGGGUGUUUCAGGGGCCAUAGUAAAGCAAGGUGGUCGACAAAUCCAACAGGAAUCGGAUGCAUUAGUUAGUAGAUAUGGACGUGUUCCUGUAGGUCAGGUUGCACAUACUGGCCCAGGAAAUCUUCCUUACAAGCGUAUCUUCCAUGCCGUUGGUCCACAAUGGAGAGUUCAUGGUGAAGAACGUAGUCGACAUUUUAUUUUUCGAGGCAUUUCCAUUGCCCUUCCCGGAAUAAGUUCUGGUAUAUACGGCGUACCAAAACAAGUUUGCGCAGAGAUGAUGUUUGCUGCCGCAGAGAUAUUCAGCGCCGAAGCAUCAAGUGACAACCAACUGAAGGACAUCCGGUUUGUAAACAUAGACACCCCAACUUACGAUGCAUUUCGAAGGGAGUUUCACAAUCGUUACAACUUGAUGACAAAGGAACCCGCACACCUUGGAAGUAAUCUUAAAGAAGAAGACGCGCUUGAUCUUUUUCCUCAAGCCGAUCAGCAGAUGUUUGGCCCGACAAGAAAGACAGAUCAAGUGGUUAACAUUGAAGAAUUUGAGCGCAUAAAGAGGGCAGAUGCUGCGGCUCGAAGGAUGAAGAAGAAUGAGACAGCAAUAGGUGGAGAAAAACCGGGAGAGCAUGAAACUUUGUCAAUGAUACCAUCGAGUGAAAAUAAAUCAUCUUUCCUAGAUGGUUUUGAAGAAAAAGAAAAGAAUAUUGGAAAGAUAAUAGAA